AUGGGAAACCCGAGCGGUCGCCCGGAGCCCGAGGCGUUAUCUUCGGACUCAACAGACUCCUUGCGAGCCCAGCUACGCUCUGUUAGUCAGCGACUCGACGAAGUGCAGAAGGAGGUUCGCAAGUCAAAAGGAGAGCUCGGGGCGGACACACGCCAGGGGUCUUCGUUCGUACCCGAGAUACAGGAUCAAAUAGUUCCCACGAGCUUCCGGCUCCCCUCUCUUGAUGCAUAUGACGGCGCCACCAAUCCGUCGGACCAUGUAGCCACUUUCUGUGCCCAAAUGUCGCUGUAUGGAACCUCGAACGUUUUGAUGUGCAAGGCGUUCCCCAUGACUCUAAAAGGCCUGGCCCACGCAUGGUAUAGUGGCCUGAAGACUGGGUCGAUCACCUCCUUUGUUCAGCUCGUCAAAGACUUUGAGCUUAACUUCCUGGCCUACACUCGGCCAAAGGCGUCCGUAGCACUACUCCUCAAUCUCAACCAAAGGAAGGACGAGUCCCUCUCCCACUUUGUGAAUCGCUUUACUACGCAUAUCCGGGGGUUGCCGGACGCUCAUCCCUCUCUAUUGAUGCAGGCAUUCAUGAUAGGCUUGUGGCCUUCCAGAUUCUUCUGGUCCCUAGUGGAACGACCCCCCACCGCGAUCCCGGAGAUGCUCCAGCGGGUGAAUCAGUUCAUUGUAGCGGAGGUCUGGAUGACCGGAAAGCGGGAGGACCACAAAAGGGUCAGGGCGGAGCCGUCCCACGGGCAACACUGGCACGGCACUGAGGAGUGCCGCGAAUUGAAGCGACAGAUUGAGGAGCUCAUCCGCAAAGGGCACCUCGGUCGGUACCUCCAACAAGACAAGGGGCUUUCCCCCCAACCAGAGGGUCUCGUCGAGCAUCAGAUCAACAUGAUCACUGGCGGCCCAGCGGCCGGGGGGAACAGUAUGUCUGGACGGAAGGCAUACGCCCAGGCCACAACGGCCGAGGCUACCAGACGUAGACCCGACCCUGAGGUCACGUUUCCUGCCGAAGGGGCCGGGCGAUCCGAACACAAUGAUGCACUUGUCAUAACGGUCAGGAUUGCCAACGCUCAAGUAAGGAGGAUCAUGAUCGACACAGGGAGCUCGGCCGACGUACUUUAUUUAGACGCCUUCCAGAAGCUUGGGUUAGCCAGAGAAGCUUUGGUGCCGAUGACCUCGACGCUCAUCGGGUUCAUCGGCGAUUCGAUUUCGCCAUUGGGAGCGGUCACUUUGCUCCUAACCUUGGGAGCACCACCAAGAUCGAAGACAGUGAUGUCUACAUUCUUAGUGGUUGACCUCCCCACUGCGUACAAUGCCAUCUUUGGUCACCCGACCCUCAACAAAGUCAGAGCCGUUGUCUCCACUUACCACCACCGACCCAUGCCAGGGUUGGCGAAGCUUGGGGAAGCCCUCGAGAGUCUAAGCGGUGCUACUUGA